GUCGAUUUCAUUACCACAGUGAAAAAUCAUGAAGUUCGCCUUAACUUUCCUAUUUUCAAUCAGUGCUUGCGCAAUUGCGUUGCCUACUCAAAAUGAACCUAUUGCACCAACAUAUGAUGCAAUGAGAGAUGUAAGAUUUCUACUUCAAAACAGGCAAAAUCGUGGAAAUGCAGUUCAAGUGACUUUAGGGGAUUUAAAUUCCAUCAAUCAAAGUGUUUACAGACGUGAUUUGCCAAUGAGAAUAUCAAUUCAUGGAUGGGGAGCCAAUGCUGAUGAUGGAACUCAUCAUUCAAUCGCCCGUGUAUUGCUUGACGAAGAUGACUUUAAUUUUGUUUUCAUUGAUUGGUCAGCUGGAGCUCAAACAAUUAAUUAUGUAGCUGCCAGAAAUAAUGUUCCACCUACUGGUGCAGCAGUUGCAGCUUUUCUCGAUUGGCUUCACGAAAAUGACCUUUUGGAUUUUAAUCAAGUUACAAUUAUUGGCUUCAGCCUUGGAGCACACGUCGCUGGGUUUACGGGCAAAAGUGUGACACGUGGAAGAGUAAAUACUAUUAUUGGGCUUGAUCCAGCAGGCCCAUUGUUCCCUGUCGGUGAUCCUACUGGAAGAUUAGAUGUUGGUGAUGCAGUUUAUGUUGAAGCUAUUCACACAAACGGCGGAACACUUGGCAGUGGAAUUGGAGCUCCAAUUGCGCACGCUGAUUUCUUCCCUAACGGUGGCGAGACUCAACCUGGAUGUACAACUGGAGGGUGUAGUCACACUAGAGCAGUAUCACUUUAUAUGGAGUCAGUGACUAACAAUCAAUUCAGGGCAAAUAGAUGUGCCACCGCAGCUGAUGCUGCAACAGGAAAUUGUGCCUUAACACCUAUUGCAUUUAUGGGAGGAGAGCCUUCUAACUACAGAAACAACCUUCGAGGUAUUUUCCAUAUGACAACCAAUAGUGCGUCUCCAUUUGGAAGAGGUUGAAAUGUUUCAUUUGCUGGGUUUUUAUCGAAAAUAAGAUUUAUCGAAAAAUAUUUAUUUCUGAAUUUUAAUGUCUAACAUUAUGUGAAUAAAAGAAUUUUCGAAAUCUACAAAAUUAA